UUCCUCACUCCCAGUGCGUCCGACGUUCACCAGAUUUCUGGGGAAGAAAGGAAAACGUCGAGCUCUCAGUGCUUUGAGAACCCACCGAACCUGAGCUCGACCUGUGGAGCAGGACGUGUUGAAGAGCUUGCAGGCCUCAAAACUUACGUCACUGGCCCUUCGGAUUCCAAGCGUGCCGUUCUUCUCAUCGCUGAUGUUUUUGGGUAUGAGGCUCCUAAGCUGAGGAAACUCGCAGAUAAGGUUGCAUCUGCAGGAUUCUUGGUGGUUGUACCCGAUUUCUUGUACGGAGAUCCCUUUCCCAUGGAUUUCAGUAAUCCUAAUUUUGAUAGAGAAGCUUGGAUGAAAAUUCAUAGCAUGGAUAAAGGGUGUGAAGAUGCAAAGCCAGUGAUUUCUGCUCUUAAGAGUAAAGGCGUGUCCGCCAUUGGGGCCGCGGGAUUUUGUUGGGGAGGAAAGGUCCUAGUCAAAUUAGCAGGCACUGAAGACAUUCAAGCCGCAGUUAUUCUGCACCCUGGUCCUAUGACUGAAGAUGAAAUUGAAGCCGUCAAGAUUCCAACUGCCAUAUUGGGAGCCGAGAUUGACCAUUCUUCCCCUCCCGAAGAACUCAAAAAGUUCGGGGAGAUCAUGUCGGCCAAAACUGAGUUCGAGAGUUAUGUGAAAAUAUUCCCCAGCGUUAGCCAUGGAUGGAGUGUGAGGUACGACGAUGACAACGAAUUUGCUGUCAAGAGCGCCGAAGAGGCCCAAGAGGACACGUUGAAUUGGUUUUUGAAGCAUGUCAAGUGAA